AUGCCAUCCUCAGUAGAGCCAAUACCCAGGACAACCAUUCCCACAAAGUUUGAGGUGAAUCUCCGACGAUUACUGUCUGUCUGUGAGAAUCAAGUUUCGCAUGAAAAUGGGCUAAUACGAGGCCCUGAAAAGUUGAAAUUUGUCACGAAUAUAAAGCAUUUAAAAAAUCUUUUGGAGCAAAUUGAAAUGGAUGCGACCAGCAAUGUGGAUAAAACAGCAAUAAGCGAAUAUGCACGCAAAAUCCAACGUUUAUCAGAUAUUGUGGAUGAAUUCAAACUAAUUUCUCCAGUCAAUCGUACAUUCUCACAGGCGCGUUUUACCAAAAACGCGUAUCAAUCACAAAACGAAAAGAAUAAGGAAAAUGAGUUGGAAUUAAAGUUAGCACCACAAACCAACGAUAAUAAUAAUGAGCCUGAAGGUUUAAAGAGUGCACAGGAAAAACGUUUAGAACUAUUUUCAUCGGAUGCUAUUAACAGAUCAGAAAUAAGACAACGAAGGACAAAUAAAUUUGAUCAAGAGGAAACCACAAAUAUAGAAUCAGUACUGCAGUAUCAUCGACAGACACAAGAAGAGUUGACGCAGGAUUUGGUGAAAAUGGCAGAAAGAUUAAAAAUGAAUUCAAUCACUUUUGGUGACAUAAUCAAAAGAGAUGAAAAGAUACUAGACCAAACACAAUCAGUUCUUGGGAGCAACUUGGAUCGUCUCAAGAAAGAAGGCACCCGUCUCGGACGCUACGCCGGGAAAUCCAGUAAAACUACUUGGUUGGUGUGGUCGGUGGUUGUUUUUGUGUGUUUUUCUUUCUUUUUUACGUUCAUGUUAAUCAGAGUAUUUAAAGCACCGCGAGCAUAG